UGUCAAACAUUCAAACAGAAAAAAAAAAGAAAAAAGAAUGAAAAUUUAUACAUAUAACACUUCCAUUCUUUUCUGGGCUUAGAGAAAAAUCCUUUCUUUUAAUAUUCGGCAGCUUAUAUUUUCAGAGGUAGAAACAGAAUCGUUGUCGGCAGAAAACAGGAGAGACCUUUCUCCCUAGCAGAUCUCUCUAACCAGCCAAAUAUUCCCUUCUCCUGAAUUUUUUUUUUUUUUUUUUUUUUCACAAAAGAAAAGAAAAGAAAAAAAAGGUUGGAAAUUUACAGCAAGUAGUUGAAAGAAAACAGAUGAGUUUCCCGGAAAAGGAAUGCAAAAAGUGCGUGACGGUUGCAUUGGGUUGUUGAGAUUUUAAUUGUCCGUAUCUCGUGAAUUUUCCGCACCGAUCGUCCGUCAAAGUUUGUUUCUUUCUGAAUUUGGGUGGAUUUCGCAAUGCGGUUGUGAGAUUGGGGGGGAGAGAGCUCUGCAUUUGAAUUGGGAAAUAUUUUCUGUUUGUUUUUUCGAUUUUCGAUGAAGUUGCGGCGAUGUGGUGUGUGAAAGAGGGAUGGAGGUUAGAUCUGAGGGUGUCCAUGUCCGCUGCGAUAAGCUUCCGUCGCCUAGGAUUGCGUCGUCGCCGGUGAUUCAGUCGCCCAAGCUUCCGUCGCCGGCGAUUCCGUCGCCUGCGAUUGCGAGGACGCGCCUGCAGGUGUGGUUCAUACGGUUGUGCUCAAGCUUGUUUGUUUGGACUUGUUUGGUUCAGUUGGUGGCGGUUGGGGAGUUUUGGAGUCCGCAUUUGUUCUCCAACUUAACCAAUCGGAUAUCCCAAAUUACGCAGGUUCCCGCUCAGGGGGUUCUUUCUCCGCCGCCUCUUCCUCCUGCAAGAAAUUAUACAAGUAAUGGGUUUCUUAGAGUUUCAUGCAACGGGGGCUUGAAUCAAAUGCGUGCUGCGAUUUGUGACAUGGUGACUGUUGCUCGGCUUUUAAAUCUCACUUUGGUUGUUCCAGAGCUUGAUAAGACAUCUUUCUGGGCCGAUCCCAGUAAUUUUGAGGAUAUAUUUGAUUUAAGACAUUUCAUUGAUUCACUGAGAGACGAAGUCCGAAUUGUCAGAAGACUGCCAAAAAACUUUAGUAGGAAAUAUGGGUAUAAACCACUCGAGAUGCCUCCUGUUAGUUGGUCAAAUGAAAAAUACUAUCUCGAACAGAUUCUGCCACUUGUUAGCAAGCAUAAGGUGUUGCACUUUAACAGAACAGAUACACGCUUGGCAAACAAUUGGAUACCUCUUGAUCUUCAGAAACUCAGGUGUCGCGUCAAUUUCCAGGCGCUGAAGUUCACUCCAAAGAUUGAGUCUUUGGGUUACAAAUUGGUUCGUAUGCUUCAAGAAAAGGGACCUUUCGUGACUUUGCAUCUAAGGUAUGAGAUGGACAUGCUGGCUUUCUCAGGUUGUACUCAUGGCUGCACAGCUGAAGAAGCCGAGGAGCUCAAACGGUUAAGGUAUGCAUAUCCUUGGUGGAGAGAGAAAGAGAUAGUGUCUGAAGAGAAGAGGUCUCAAGGGCUGUGUCCUCUGACACCAGAGGAAAGUGCAUUAAUUUUGCAAGCAUUGGGUAUUAGCAAAGACACACAGAUCUAUAUUGCAGCUGGUGAGAUUUAUGGCAGGGACAGGAGACUUGCACCGCUAAGAGCUUCGUUUCCCCGAAUUGUUAAGAAGGAAACUCUUCUCGCACCAGAGGAAUUGCAACAAUUUCAGAAUCAUUCAUCUCAAAUGGCUGCUUUGGAUUUUAUGGUUGCGGUAGCCAGUAAUACUUUUGUCCCUACCUAUGAUGGAAACAUGGCAAAGCUUGUUGAAGGUCACCGUAGGUAUCUUGGUUUUAAAAAAAGCAUCUUGCUAGAUCGGAAAAAACUUGUCGAGUUGUUAGACAUGCAUUUAAAUGGGACUCUUUCGUGGAAUGGGUUUGCACUUGCUGUAAGAUCCGUUCAUGAGAGAAGAAUGGGACAGCCAACUCCGCGAACAGUUAUCCCAGAGAAGCCAAAGGAGGAGGACUAUUUUUAUGCAAAUCCUCAGGAGUGCCUCUGCAUGGGAACGAAUUGUGAUGACUUGCUUAGCCGUGGUAACUUAAGUAAACCUAGGUGACUGCAAGUGCAAGCCGUCAAAAGCUGGAAUCAGCUUCCACGGAAUUGUUUUGAGAGUGGUCGACAAUCUAUGUUGCUUUCAUAUUAGUAAGCAUGCAGCAAUGUACACACAGAGAUAAGAGUUUUGUAGGAAACGGCAUAAAGAAUGGACUCGUUCCCAAUUUGGGCUUCAACAAAGAUACGUGGUAUUCAUUUGUUUCUGAUCUUCAAAUCAAUGUCCAUAUAUUUAUUUGUAUGCUUUGUAUAUGGAACUUCACAUUAAUACGGUGCCGUUCAGUUCUAUAAUCUCAUAAUUAACACGAUAUGGGUUUAAAUUGUUUGUA